CAGCAUUACCGGCUGUGGCGCAACGUGUAAUGUUCCGGUGGUAAGUUACUUGUUGCAGUUGCGAGCGAAAAACUUCAUGCAAAUUGCAUGUAUUACUCCCCAUCAGUGAACGUUAUUGAACACCAACUCCUGCAGUUUUGUUUCUUCAGGCUUGUGAGCUACAGUGCCUGGGGUGCUUUUGAAAGGAAUCGUUGGUUUCAUUUAUACCAGAAACAUAUAAUGAUAAUAAAUGAUAAUAAUUUUUUAAUAAUUGAGAGACAUCGGUAAAUGCCUACAGUGUAAGAUGAACAGUGAGGAUACGGAGGCACAAGCCGACGAGGUGACAGCUCUCGCCAGCAUCUACGAGGAGAGGAUCUUCGUGGCCGAUGACGACAAUAACGGAGGGCAGUUCUCGGUGUAUCUGGAGCUGCCCGAGGAGUUCUUCCUCAAGCUCGAGGGUCCGCUGAUCCAGCAAGCAAAGAAAACUGGUCUUAAAUUGGCCGAGGGGGAUGAUGGUAGUGCGCUGCUGCGCGUCAGUCACCUGCCACCCAUCGUGCUGAACUUCCAGUACCCCGAGGACUACCCAUCCAAGUCAGCUCCCUCCUUCACUCUGUCCUGCAAGUGGCUGAGUGUGGAUAAGUUGUCUCAGCUUUGCUCCCAUCUGGAUCGCAUCUGGGAUGAGAACCGUGGCGAAGUCAUCAUCUUUCAGUGGACUCAGUUCCUUACCGACGAAAGCCUUGGCAUCUUGGGCAUCCAGUCCCCCCUGUCAUUAGACUUCCGGAGGGUCUUGCGUUCGAACUCGGUGGAGGCGAGCGGGUCCUCCAGAGACGAAAGAACAGACGAAGCUUCAGGAAACGAUUCGGAAGACCAGAACAAGAGAACGCCUCUUUCCGAUAGCGAGAGAGAUCCAAAUCUGAGCAAUUUAGAUCCCCGUGCUGUCCAAGACAUCGGCAGUGGGAAUUUACUGUUACUGACGCUGAUAGAGCACAACAGGGCAGAGCGCCAGAGGGUCUUCGAUAACUCGUUGUACAGUUGCCUGGUGUGCUUCUGCGAGAAGCUGGGCUCCUACUGCAUCAACUUCAUAGGAUGCAACCAUGUCUACUGCAAGGACUGCGUCAGGGGAUACUUCCAGGUUCAAAUCGAAGAAGGGAACGUGAAGGCCCUAAACUGUCCUGAUACGGAGUGCGACUCGCCUGCAAUGCCUUCACAGGUGUGUGAAUUGGUCGGCAAGGAGUUGUUUGCAACCUACGAUCGUCUCCUGCUGCAGCGCACCCUGGAAGGCAUGGACGACAUUGUCUACUGCCCUCGUUUGUCCUGUCAGUGUCCAGUCAUGCGCGACAAGGAGUCUACCAUUGCUGUGUGCUCUGCCUGCGCGUACCCUUUCUGCGUGAAAUGCCGGAUGGCAUACCACGGUGUGUCUCCUUGUAGACUACGGAAAGAAGAAAUAUUGAAGCUGCGGAAGGAGUAUGAAGAAGGGAGCGUGGAGGCGAGGGCCAAGCUGGAGCAGCAUUUUGGCAAGCGUGUCUUUCGAGAGGUCCUGGAAGAGUUUGAGUCCCAGAAAUGGAAGGAGGAGAACAGUAAAGAGUGUCCCAAGUGCCACACCAAUAUUGAGAAGAUCGACGGUUGCAACAAGAUGGCCUGCUCCCAGUGCCGCACCUUCUUCUGCUGGGUCUGUCUCAAGAUCUUGUCCCACUCUGUCCCCUAUCAGCACUACAACGACCCAAAAAGUCGGUGCUUCAACCAGCUUUUCAACGUAGGGGGACCCGCUGCUCGGGCUGCCGACGACGAUGGAUGGUUGUUUGUAUGACAUUGACUGCAAUCAAUGACAGAGAAGCUUACAAUUCACGGCUGUACUUGUGGAGUACUUGUUGAGGUCCAAGUUUGUCUUCAUAUACUGAUCUUAUGGUGUAAGAAUGAAGCUUAUCCACAAGGGCAUUUUAGUCCAUCUUAAUUAUAAUAAUGAACAUUUAUAAGGCGCCGAUAUCCGCCAAGCAAGAGGCUCAUGGCGCACAAUACAUACAAAACAAUUACAGUAUAAAUUAAGUUAACUUUGAAUAACAGAAAGUAGUGACAGAAGUAAUAAACAUCAACUUAUUAAACACAAAAACG